UCCCAUUCAUCACUUCUGCCAAUAUUUCAAUCCACUGUUAUCAAACACAGAGUAUUAUGGGAAUAAUUUGGAUAAGGGUGGACAAAGUAAGCUCUUACUUUGAUGUAAGUGCCAGGCGUGAAGAAUGAAAUGAAAGAACAAAACAUCCUUGUAAUCCUCGCACGUGAGUAAUCGCGCGCUCGUCACGUGACUGUCGUUUGCAGUCAUGGCUGACGACUACAGACGAAGCGUCGAGCUGGAGAGGAGGAUUUUUGAGUUAGAUAACAAGUGUGCCACUCUUCGGACGGAGAAACCAGAUGAUGACUACUUACAGAAUGCAUCUUCCAUACUAGACAAGUUGAAAACCCAUUAUAGACAUGGAGGAGAGAGCAGCAGCCUCCCUAAACUGCUGCAGGAUUAUACACAGGUUGUCUUGGACAUUACAUUCUAUGAGGAAAACAGGCUUGUAGAUCAGGAGUUUCCUGAGGACACUUCCCCUUUUAAAAUUCAGCAGUUACUACAGGACUUGACAGAGCCAGAGGUGUUAGCAGGGCGACUGGUACCUGCACAAGAGGUGCAGUCUGUGUUGGGGCUGGAGCUGCUGGAGUGCCUAUACUGGAGGCGUGGGGCAUUAUUAUAUAUGUACUGCCACACACUACACCAACGCAAGCAAUGGAUCAAGAAGAACAAAGCCACUUUCCUUAAGUGUCUUCAAGAAGGUGUGCGUUACCUUAUGAGAAUGUUGCAAGUGAGGAACUCAGUCAAGCUGAACGAUGGUGUGGUUUUUCAUGACUCUGCAACCGCCAAUUUUCUGGCAGAAGGUAUCUUUUCUGAUACUCACUUGCUUACAAUGAUGUACAUUGGUGAGAUGUGUUUCUGGGCAGUGAAAUAUGAGGACUGCAGCAUGGACACCACAGAGCGCAAAGAGGACAGGCUUCAUUUCCGAGAUAUUGGCACACAAAUCCUCCAUAAGUACGUGCUGGCAUGCGAGGGGCCACUUCAGGGUCAGGGCUGGAACACAGAGAAUGCCAAGGAGAUCCUUAGUAUUUUACAGUAAACCUAGAGAGAGCUUUUAGGAGAGGA